GAAAUCAGGAAUAUUGCUUUUGAGCUACUAAAUAUUCAUAAAUUUGCUUCGAUUCUUCUACAACAUCGGAAGGUUCAUUGGUCGCCGAGGGAUGCCACAGAUGAUAUACAGCGACAACGCAACGAACUUCGUCGGCGCCGAUCGCAAGUUGCGCGAACUUAAAGAGGCGUUUCUGUCCCAGUCUCCGGAAGUAAUGGAAUUCGCCGCCGAAGAAGAGUUCAAAUUCGCCUUUAUACCAUCGAGGGCGCCGCACUUCGGCGGGUUAUGGGAGGCGGCAGUGAAGUCCGCCAAACACCUCGCCGUGCGCGCAAUGGGCAACGUGCUGCUCACCGCCGAAGAGCUAGGAACACUGCUGGCCGAAGUGGAGGCCAUCCUCAACUCGCGGCUCCUCGCACCUUUGAGCCAGGAUCCCAACGACGGCGAAGCAUUGACUCCAGCACACCUACUAAUAGGGUGCUCCCUCCGAGCCUUACCACCGGCAGAAGUGUCAACGGACCCAGUUCGCUGUUGCGAGAGAUGGUUCAUUGGUCGCCGAGGGAUGCCACAGAUGAUAUACAGCGACAACGCAACGAACUUCGUCGGCGCCGAUCGCAAGUUGCGCGAACUUAAAGAGGCGUUUCUGUCCCAGUCUCCGGAAGUAAUGGAAUUCGCCGCCGAAGAAGAGUUCAAAUUCGCCUUUAUACCAUCGAGGGCGCCGCACUUCGGCGGGUUAUGGGAGGCGGCAGUGAAGUCCGCCAAACACCUCGCCGUGCGCGCAAUGGGCAACGUGCUGCUCACCGCCGAAGAGCUAGGAACACUGCUGGCCAGUGGAGGCCAUCCCCUCACUCGCGGCUCCUCGCACCUUUGA